AUGGCGCUCCUGCCGCUCUCCUCCACCUCCGCCUCCGCGUCCGCCGCGCUCCCGCACUUCCGCCCCUGCCCGCCCGCCGCGCUGCUGCGCCUCCCCUCCGCCCGUGCCCGCGCGGUCUCCACCGGCUACGCGGCGUCCUUCUACGGCGGCUCGGCGAUGUCCGCGGCCGGCGGCGCCGACGAGGAGGAGGUCGGCAACGAGUCGGGGUUCGGCCCGGGGCUGGGGCUCGGCGGCGGCGGCCUCGGGAUGUCGGCCGCGCUGGCGCUGGAGGAGCGCGAGAUGCCGCCCUGCCCGCCCGGCCUGCGUCAGUACGAGACCAUGGUCGUGCUCCGCCCCGACAUGUCCGAGGAGGAGCGCCUCGCCUUCAUCCAGCGCUACGAGGAGCUGCUCGUCGCCGGCGGCGCCAUGUACGUGGAGGUCUUCAACCGGGGCGUCAUCCCGCUGGCAUACAGCAUCAGGAAGAGGAACAGCCGGACCGGGCUGCCGUCCACCUACUACGACGGCAUCUACCUCCUCAUCACCUACUUCACCAAGCCGGAGUCCAUGGACGCCCUGCAGCUGAGGCUCAACGCCGACGACGACGUCAUCCGCUCCACCAGCUUCAAGGUCCGCCAGCGGAAGGCCGUCUAG